CCCAGGGAGGGGGGAAUGUCCCGGAGGGUUCGUUGCAGUGCCCGAGCGGGGGACACUCCGGCCGGCGGCGGCGGGGAAGCGUGUCCCCGCAAUCCGGGCCCGCCCCCGGCCCGCCCCGCCGGGCGGAAGGGAGCGGCGCGGAACGGCGGGGCCGGGCCGUGUUUCCGGGCGGGGGGAAGCGGCGGGGGCGCAGCCAGCGUGUCCCGCCGCGGGCCGGUGCGGGGCCGGCCGGGCGCCAUGGGCCCUGCCCGCCGCAGGGCUGCGCUCCGCCUGCGCGGCGGCGGGUCCCCGCUGCUCCUGGGGCUGCUCCCCGGCCGCUUCUCCGUCUUCCCGCUGUUCUUCCUGGCGCUGCUCCUGGGCUUCGCCUCCCUGCUCUGGCUCCAGCUCAGCUGCUCGGGCGAGGGGCCGGUGGCCGGCGGGGCGCAGAGCCCGGGGGUUCCCCGCCAGCCCUGCCCGCCCCCGGCCCCGCUCCCGCCGCCGGAGGACGAGCCGUCGUGGGGUCCCCAUCGCCUGGCGCUGCUCGUCCCGUUCCGGGAGCGCUUCGAGGAGCUGCUGGCCUUCGUGCCCUACAUGCACCGCUUCCUCAGCAAGAAGAGGAUCCGCCAUCACAUCUUCAUCCUCAACCAGGUGGAUCAUUUCAGGUUUAACAGGGCAUCUCUGAUCAACGUGGGCUUCCUGGAGAGCGGCAACGACACCGACUACAUCGCGAUGCACGACGUCGAUCUCCUGCCCCUCAAUGAGCAGCUGGACUACAGCUUCCCGGAGGCUGGGCCCUUCCAUGUGGCGUCCCCGGAGCUGCACCCGCUCUACCACUAUAAGACCUACGUGGGCGGCAUCCUGCUGCUCACCAAGCAGCACUAUGAGCUGUGCAAUGGCAUGUCCAACCGCUUCUGGGGCUGGGGACGGGAGGACGAUGAGUUUUAUCGACGUAUCAAAGGAGCUGGUCUCCAGGUUCGCCGUCCCUCUGGAAUCACAACUGGAUAUGAGACUUUCCAGCACCUGCACGACCCAGCUUGGAGGAAAAGAGACCAGAAGCGCAUUGCUGCACAGAAGCAGGAACAGUUUAAGGUGGAUCGGGAAGGAGGUCUGAACAACGUGCGGUACCGAAUCGAGUCACGGACAGCCCUGAGUGUGGCAGGAGCCCCCUGCACCGUCCUUAAUAUCUUGCUGGACUGUGAUACAGAUGAGACCCCUUGGUGCACGUUUGGCUGAGCCCAUACCCCGUGCACCAGUCGUGUGCGCUGUGCUUGUGCCAAGAUGCCGGGGCUGCCGCCGGGCUGCUUGGAGCAGGCAGGAUUUUUGCAGCAGCCUGAGCAUGGCGGUGCUGGUGAGAUACAGAGGAACAGAAAAGGCUGAGAACCAGCCUUUGCUGGGACAGACAGAAGAGGCUGAGAGUGGGACUCAGUGGCGUCACUGCGGACGCUGGUGCUGCCUCCUGGGGCAGGUGCAGGAGAGUUUUCCUGCUCUGGACAUGGCUGAGCUGCCACUCAGCUCAGAGGACAAUAAAGAACUGUCAGGGCA